UUUGCAGAAACUGGCCUCCACUCUCCAGAGACCAAACUAGACGCCCAGGUGGGGCCUCCAGGGGAUCGUGGCCACAAUGGCUCUGAAGUCCCUUGUCCUGUUCUCACUGCUGGUCCUGGUGCUGCUGGUGCUUGAGGGAGCCCAGGCUUCCCAGCUGAGGGAGUCUGAGGUGGAAAAAUUCAAGCGACAGCAUGUGGACCCUGGAAAUGGCCUCUUCGACAGCAACUACGGUGACCAGAUGAUGAAGCACCAGAAUAUUUUAGACAAGGAGUUCAACACAUUUGUGCACCAGCCCCUGGUGUCUGUGCAGGCCAUCUGCCGUGAGUCAAACAUCCUCUGCAAGCAGGGACAGAAGAACUGCCACAAGAGCAGAUCCCCAAUGAGCAUCACAGACUAUAACAAGAAACAAGGGACCCACAAUUACAACGCCAUUAACAAAAUGAGACACAUCACCAUUGCCUGCAACAGUAAACGUGAACCUGUCCACUAUGAGGGUUCCGAAAAGGGAUCCAGCUGAGCCUGAAUAGAGAUGUACCUCACCCCUACUUAUCAUCAUGGCCCCUUCUCUCCUGAGCUUUUUCCUCUUUGCCCCAAUGAGAAUAACUCAAGUUGGGCUCCUGGCCAUCCCACACCAGCAUCCCUGCCUGAGGCUUGUACCACGUGGCUUUGGGGGGUGGGACAGGCUUGCAUGUUAACCUCCUCACUGCUUCUUUUAAUAAAACAUACU